ACGCUGCGGGCGGGCGGGCGGGCGGGUGGAUAGACUGCGGGUGGAAGGUGGACGCAGGGACCUGGCAUAGCUCCGGCUGCACCGGUCCGACCCCCGCCGUCUUUGCCGCCAUGUCGGGGCUAGUGCUGCUGUAUUCCGGGGUCUUCGUGGCCUUCUGGGCCUGCAUGGCCGCCGUGGGAAUCUGCUACACCAUUUUUGACUUGGGCUUCCGCUUCGAUGUGGCAUGGUUCCUGACUGAGACUUCUCCCUUCAUGUGGUCGAACUUGGGCAUUGGCCUAGCAAUCUCCUUGUCUGUGGUUGGGGCAGCCUGGGGUAUCUAUAUUACUGGCUCCUCCAUCAUUGGCGGAGGGGUAAAGGCCCCCAGGAUCAAGACCAAGAACCUGGUCAGUAUCAUAUUCUGUGAGGCUGUGGCUAUCUACGGCAUUAUCAUGGCAAUUGUCAUUAGCAACAUGGCUGAGCCUUUCACUGCUACUGACCCCAAGGCUAUUGGCUAUCGAAACUACCAUGCAGGCUACUCCAUGUUUGGGGCUGGCCUCACAGUGGGUCUGUCUAACCUCUUCUGUGGAGUCUGCGUGGGCAUCGUGGGCAGCGGGGCCGCCCUGGCCGAUGCACAGAACCCCAGCCUCUUUGUAAAGGUUCUCAUCGUGGAGAUCUUUGGCAGUGCCAUCGGCCUCUUUGGGGUCAUCGUCGCAAUCCUUCAGACCUCCAAAGUGAAGAUGGGUGACUAGAUGAUCUAUGGUGGGUGGGGCCAUGCCCUGCUCUUAUUUAUUGCUGUUUUUCCUGGAAUAGCUGGAGCUGUUCCUCUUAGCCUUCCAAGGGCCUUGGUGUUCAGGGCCCUUCCUGCACUCACCUUUUUGCUGCCUGUUGACUUGGAGGCGCCACAGUCCAGGCUGCAUCUUCAGUGUGAGAAGUGGGCUGUUGAUGGUGACUGUGUACAGUUGUGCACCUGUGUCCCCAACUUCCACCCCUACCCAUCUUCCCAUUGUUGUGAAAUAAACGUGUUAUGUGUCUGGGUUAA